AUGAAGGCGCCCGUGGUCAUCGUCGGUUCCUUCCUAGUGGUGGUGAUGGUGUCUGCCGUGGCCAACGCUGCACCAUACUCGGAGGACCUGGAUGUUCCAGAUUACUUCGAUGACUUUGAUGAUGAUGAGGGAUAUCGCAAGAGGAGAGAGGCAGCGGAUGAGGAUGACGAGGACGAGGGUUAUGACGAGGACGAGGACGACGAGGAAGAUGACGGCUUCAUUCGCAAGAAGAGACAGGCAGUGGAUGAGGAUGAUUAUGAGGAUGACGAGGACGACGAGGAAGAUGACGACCUCGUUCGCAAGAAGAGACGGGCAGAGGAUGAGGAUGACGAGGACGAGGGUUAUGACGAGGAUGAGGACGACGAGGAAGAUGACGACUUCGUUCGCAAGAAGAGACAGGCAGUGGAUGAGGAUGAUUAUGAGGAUGACGAGGACGACGAGGAAGAUGACGACUUCGUUCGCAAGAAGAGACAGGCAGAGGAUGAGGAUGAUUAUGAGGAUGACGAGGACGACGAGGAAGAUGACGACUUCGUUCGCAAGAAGAGACAGGCAGAGGAUGAGGAUGAUUAUGAGGAUGACGAGGACGACGAGGAAGAUGACGACCUCGUUCGCAAGAAGAGACAGGCAGAGGAUGAGGAUGAUUAUGAGGAUGACGAAGACGACGAGGAAGAUGACUACCUAGUUCGCAAGAAGAGACAGUUCAAGGCCGAAGUACAAGGACACCAUGGAUCAGGCGGAAAAGGCUACAGAGCUGAUCUUGGCUACAGCAAGAGCUUCAACAAUGGCCGCACAUCGGUUGACGUCGGAGGCUACCAGUCAGGGGGUUCCUUUGGCCGGGACAGAGGCGGUUAUGUCGGAAUCAAACACAGAUGGUAAUUAGUGCAAUAGUAGAAAAAGUCAUGAGUAUGACGGUUGAGAUCCGGCAAAGGACGUUACUUCAUUGUUUUCAAAGUCUUGAUAAUGAACUGAAACCAAUAUUAAAGGGAUGCACUUCGCAGAAAAGAUAGAUAAAUUAAUAUAGAAUCAAAUCAUCACAGUCUCUUGAUAAGAAGGCAACAAAAGUGUGGAUAUUGCAAGUCUUCAACCUCUCCCCGGCGCACCGCUGAGGCUGGCAGGGCAGGGAAGGGACCACACCCCUCACCGCCCCGCCGCCCUUCCAUUCACUCGUGUUUUCUCACAUCUGUCACUCAGCUGAGAUGGUUUCCUAUAAAUAAAUUCUGAACUUGAUAA